GUCGUCUGCUUCGAGAAGGAGGCGCGCGUCGGCGGCAUCUUCAAUUGGGGCGAGGACAAGAACGGCGUCUACGACAGCGUGAUCCUGACGAUCUCGUCCAUGCUCAUGGCGUUCAGCGACUUCCCGUCGACGGAGACCAAGUACUGGACGCACGAGGAGUACCUCAAGUACCUGCAGGACUACUGCAAGAACUACGAGCUCGACCAGCACAUCCGCUUCAGCACGACGGUGGACAAGGUCGAGCUCCAGGCCGGCGACAAGUGGCUCGUCGAGGCCACGUCGAAGGACGGCACGAAGCACAGCGGCCUCUACGACGGCGUCUGCGUCGCGUCGGGCAACUUCCAGACGGCCAAGGUGCCCAACUUCCCGGGCAUCGGCGACUUCAAGGGCGAGCUCGUCCACGCGUCCCAGUACAAGCGGCCGGACCAGUUCAAGGACAAGAACGUCGUCGUCAUCGGCCUCGGCGAGAGCGGCGCGGACCUCGCGCGCGAGGUCGCGUCCGUCGCGAAGAACGCCUACGCCUGCGUGCGGAGCCUGCCGGCGAUCAUCCCGCGCCUGCCGAACUACAAGGACCCGACGGACGCCUUCACCUUCCGCGCGCACCACUUUGCGUACACGACGGCCGCCGACGAGGCCAUCGAGGAGCACUUCGAGGCCUGGCACCGCAUCAACGCGGGCAACUACUUCGGCGGCGUGCUCCGCCACCCGCUCAAGUUCCUCACGAAGAACGCGUCGUUCAUGCCCGCGAUCAUCGACGGCAGCCUCCAGCUCAAGGCGUCGGGCCUCGAGAAGAUCAACGCCAACUCCGUGACCUUCGGCAGCGGCGAGACCGUCGACUGCGACGCCAUCGUCUUCUGCACGGGCUACAAGGACCAGUUCCAGUUCUUCACGGACCCGAAGCUCCAGGUCUUCCCCGACGGCAACGUGCGCAACAUGUACCGCCACUGCAUCCGCCUCGACGCGCCGAACCUCGCCUACGUCGGCUGGGUCCGCCCGACGUCCGGCGGCGUGCCCGCCUGCUCCGAGAUGGUCGCGCGCUACUACGCCGCCGUCGUCUCGGGCCGCUGCAAGCUCCCCGACGACGUCGUCGAGCAGACCGCGCGCAUGAAGAAGUUCGAGGAGGCGGCCUUCGCCUACACGCCCGACAUCAAGACGCUUGUGCUCAGCCAGUCCCAGUUCUUCGACUCCAUCGCGCUCGACAUCGGCUGCUCGAUCAACCCCUGGCGCCACAUCCUCGACCCCGUCUUCCUCUACAAGAUGUACGUCGGCCCCUUCCUGCCCCAGGCCUACCGCCUCACGGGGCCCCACGCGCGGCCCAAGGAGGCCUACGCCUACGUCAAGAGCCAGCACGGCGGCAUGUUCCAGAACUACCUCCCCGAGAGCAAGUUCACGUCGUUCAUGCCCUUCGCGGGCCUCAUGAUGGUCCUCGACAACCUCGUCUACUCCAUCUUCGGCAAGUUCGUCAUCCUCCCCUUCAUGGCCGCCAACAUGCCCAAGGAGGUCACGGACACCGACAAGAACUACGCCUACGGCUUCGACAUGAAGCGCCGCCACGCGCACCUCGCGGAGCUCCUCGACGAGGGCGCCAAGGCCAAGGCCAUGUAG